AUGUCUUCGGAUAUUAAUACAGUAAUUAAUUUAUUGUAUGUUGGAGAUCGUUUAUACGAAAUAGUUGGUUUAUUUAUUAUAUUAAUAAGUACAAUUGGGAAUUUGUGUAAUUGUUUUGUAUUUUUAUGUAUUCCACCAUUAAAUAAACAUCCAAAUAAUUUAUUUUUGAUUGGUUCAUCAAUAGGAAGUUUUAUAUAUAUAAAUAUUGGUUUAUAUUCAGCAUUAAUUCGUAUAUGGACUGGAAUUGAUCCAUCAAAUCGAUGGUUAUUUUGGUGUAAACUAGCAACUUGGUUAACAUAUUCAGCUGGUUGUUUUAGUUUUAUGUGUCAUUGUUUAUCAGCUUUAUCUCAAUAUCUUCUAACAUUACCAAAAGUUAAAUGGCAAAGAUUAAUAACACCUAUUAGAGCUCAAUUAAUUAUUUAUUUAUCAGCAAUUUUUUGGUUAUUUGUAUUUAUUCCAUUGGUUAUUUAUUAUAAUCAUAUUGAAACAUCAACUAAAACCUAUACUUGUCAAAGUUCUCGUCCCUUCAUAACAAUUUAUGGAACAUAUUGGAUUAUAAUUGGUUAUUAUUUUUUACCAAUUAUUUUAAUAUUAUUAUUAUUUUGUUUAACUUGGAUUAAUUUAAAACAAAUUUUAAGACGUCAUCGUACAUUAACUAUUGCAAUAACUCGUAUGAUGCUUAUACAAAUGAGUGUUUUAUUAAUAAGUGGAUUACCAGCAGGUUUUUAUUUAUCAUAUAUAUUAGCUACACAAUAUUCAAAAAAAACUCUUCUUAGAUUGGGAUAUGAAUAUCUUAUUUUACUUAUUUUAACUUUAUUUACUUUUUUUACAAAUGGAAUUUCUUUUUGGAUUUACUUAAUUGCAUCAAAAACAUUUAGAAAAAAUAUAAAACAAUUUUUAUUUAAAUUUUAUUUCCUCAAAAAUCAAGUAAGACCAUUUACGAUGACAAUAACAAGACUUAAUCCACCUCACUAA